AUGAUGAACUCCCGCUGUUCCAUGGAAAACACAGCAGAUUACAGUCGAUAUUGCUCGGGAAUUCGUUCGUUAAUAAACACUUCACGGCGCACUCAAGAUACCGUCACGAAGAGACUGGACCUUAUCGUGGUGUGGCGCAGGUGCCUUUUGAGCAGCACCGGGCUCUGUGGCUUUAAAAGUAUUUCGACCGUAUUGGAUAAUGCGCCGGUGGUCACGGUCAACCGUUGGGCGCUCGGAGUGUGCGGUUUUUGGGGCCGACCUUUUCUAACCCGUCCUUCGGGAAGGCAAGGCAGCAACGCUGCUUCCAUGAAUAUGGACAUGCUGGUCGCCUGUGGGAAACACCUGCCUUCGCACUCCUGUCGCAGAUGUCUGGCUGCCACGCCACCUGAAGGAAGCACGAGGGCUGGGAUGGCGCCAGGUUGCCCAAGCCUAGACACAAAAAGUCGAGACACAGAAAUCGGGUUCGAAGCACAAACCUUCUGGUCAUAA